AUGAAGCUGUUUCUCCUGCUUCUCGCCAUAUCUCUGGUGACGGACCUGGCGAGGUCAGGUCUUUUCUGUGCUCCUGACUCCUCGAUCUACGUCACUGGUGAGCAGAAAUUAAUUUUCAUCACUUUUUUCCCCCUUUUUUGGCCAGGCAAAAAUCCUGUCCUUCAAUGCAUGGGUACCAGAGGCUUCUGUAGGUCUUCCUGCAGAAAGGAUGAGCAACCCUACUUCUACUGCAGAACUUACCAGACCUGCUGCCUCCAGCCCUACGUGAGGAUCAGCCUCACCAGUGCAGAUGACAACACCGCCUGGUCUCAUGAGAAACAAUGGCCCAAAAUACCGUGAAUGCUGGUGAACGCCAUGCCCGAUCUUCCAGGGAAGCCCUCCCUGCUGUCCGCUUUCUUAUUAAAACUAAUGCACUUGACAUUGCUUGUGUGUCCUUCCUUCACUGGAGAGAGAUUGGGCUUUGCGCGGUGAGAUGUCUGUCCCAUUUGGAUGCAACCCCAUGGGAGAAGGGUCCAGGCACCCGAAGGACUUUCAGAGAGG